GCGUAGUGCUCUUUCAUUGGUCAAAGCCAAUGCCAAUCAAAUCCAAACUUCAUUAACAAUAUAGAGGUCGGUCUUGGGAGGAGCGUUCGUGAUUCCUGAAAUAUUCAUUGGUCAACUAGCUAACGUUAGCAAGCUUCUUCAACGUCUGCGAGACUGGAGCUUGCUGCUGAUGACAAGAAAGGGCACCCUGGCCUGACACAACAAUCCGACUGUCUCGGGACUUCAAUUUGAAUUUGUUCAACCAUGAAGUUCACGCAAUUUUUGCUAAGGAACAGCUCCAUACCUAAACAAGCACUAGUGGAUCGGUUUUCCAAGUUCUCCCCCUCGCCGCUGUCAAUGAAACAAUUCAUAGACUUUGGCUCGGCCAAUGCCUGUGAGAAGACGUCCUUUGUGUUCCUUCGUCAGGAGCUUCCUGUCCGGCUGGCCAACAUCAUGAAGGAGAUUGACUUCCUCCCUGACAAGCUUCUCAGCACCCCUUCACUACAGUUACUACAGAGCUGGUAUGCAACAAGUCUGAUGGAGAUAGUGGGCUUCCUGGAGAAAGAGCCCGAUGAUAAAAAGAUCCUGAAGAAGUUCACUGAGACGCUGGUGAACAUCAGGAACCGCCACAACAACGUGGUUACCACCAUGGCACAGGGAGUGGUGGAGUACAAGGAUGCCUUUGGCUCCGACCCUGUGACCAAUCAGAACGUCCAGUACUUCUUGGAUCGCUUCUACAUGAGCCGCAUCUCCACACGCAUGAUCAUGAACCAGCACUCUCUCAUCUUUGAUGGAAGCGCCAACCCCGCCCAUCCCAAGCACAUUGGCACCAUCGACCCUGACUGCGACGUGACGGAGGUGGUAAAAGAUGCCUUUGAUAGCUCCAAGAUGCUCUGUGAACAGUACUACCUGACCUCGCCAGAGAUUGACCUCACACAAGUCAACGCCAAAGGUCCUGACCAGCCUCUUCGUAUUGUCUAUGUUCCUUCCCAUCUCUACCACAUGCUGUUUGAGCUCUUCAAGAACGCCAUGAGAGCAACAGUGGAGACUCAUGAAAUGGCCCUGCAUCUCCCGCCGGUCAAAGUCCGAGUCUCACUGGGCAGUGAGGACCUAACAAUCAAGAUAUCAGAUCGAGGAGGCGGAGUUCCCCUGAGGAAGAUAGAGCGUUUGUUCAGUUACAUGUACUCCACCGCCCCCAGCCCCGUCGAUAUUGACAACAGCCGCAAUGCACCACUGGCUGGUUUUGGCUAUGGUCUUCCCAUCUCCCGUCUCUAUGCCAAGUACUUCCAGGGAGACCUGCAGCUCUACUCCAUGGAGGGAUAUGGGACGUCAGCUGUCAUCUACCUGAAGGCCUUGUCCUCAGAGUCUGUGGAAAGACUUCCUGUUUACAACCAGUCAGCCAUAAGGCAUUACCAGACGAGCAAUGAGGCAGAUGACUGGUGCAUGCCCAGCAAGGAUCCCAAGAAGCUGGGGAAGUAUGAGAGGAGAAGUUAACCAAACAGACGGAGAGAGAGAGCUCAGAUAACAUGAAGAGCAGGAGGAAAGAAAGAAGAAGAGGAGGAUGACUGAAAGGAGGAAUGGAAUGAUGAUUCAUAAUCAGAAACUGACAGAAGGUACCCAGUUGUACUGUGUGUGUGUGCGCGUGAAUGAGAUAUCUGGAUUCUUCGCAAUGGAGAUUCUCAUCCAGCACUUGAAGUGGAAAAACACAUUCAGGUUGGAGGCGUUUCAAUGGCAAUACCAGGAUCUCUAUUCAAAACCAGGAUCUCUAUUCAAAACCAAGAUUUGUAUUCAAUACCAGGAUCUCUAUUCAAAACCAGGAUCUCUAUUCAAAACCAAGAUCUCUAUUCAAAACCAGGAUCUCUAUUCAAAACCAGGAUCUCUAUUCAAAACCAGGAUCUCUAUUCAAAACCAAGAUUUCUAUUCAAUACCAGGAUCUCUAUUCAAUACCAGGAUCUCUAUUCAAUACCAGGAUCUCUAUUCAAUACCAGGAUCUCUAUUCAAUACCAGGAUCUCUAUUCAAAAC